AUGACUACGAGCCUUAUGAAGGAAAGUCGGGGUACUUCUGAAGUUGCACUGAUUCGAUACAGGCUGGUUGAAGAUGUCCACGCCGGUGUUCACCCCGGGAUGAGAACGCCGGAGGACCUCACAGACAACCAGUGCGGCGUCGUCAUCGAAUCUCUUGGCGUUGAGGACCUCGGGAAGUGGACGUGCAAGGUGCUCCUGGCUGGUAGAUCUCUCGUGGGAUCAAAGAAAGUUGGUAAAACAAAAGCCGUAGAGUGCAUUGAGCCGUUCGUGCGACUCGGAGACCACUGUUAUUACUUUUAUGAAAGUGGCGUAAAGACCUGGGAAGAAGCUCGCGAAUACUGUUUGUCGAUGGGAACGUGGACGGAUCUAGCUGUAGUGAACGACUGUCAUCAGCUUACACUUGUCUGGGACCACAUCCUCAUGUAUUAUAACUCAUCCAGGUACUGGAUCGGUGGCGCUGACCUAGGACAAGAAGGGUCAUGGUACUUUGUAGACGGAAGUACUGUACCAGUUGGAACACCCUUCUGGUAUCCUGAUAACCCAAGUGGCAAUGGAAAUUGUCUUUCUUUAUCUUUCUCUCAUGGAUACUUUGACGAUGAAGAUUGUGAAAUUAAGGUCCAUUUCGUCUGCCAGGCAUUUGAAUAGUAGAUGUUAUUUCAAAGUUCAGGAAAUGACAAAGAUAUAAAAUGCAAUUACUGGA